AUGCGUUUCCCCGUGAGAGCUUUGUCUCUCUGGGUUUUGUCCUUCGCUCACCUUAUCUCUGCUAUGGAAUCUAUCACAACCUCAGCCCUCGCAAUAUGUCAACCCAACUCCGGAGUUAGCGUCAGCUAUUUUACAGCUGAACUGUCCCGAGAUGGCAUGCUUAAGCUCGCCUUUGAUGGAUCUGUAACUAUUUCUGGCAAGGUGACCGCCGAAGUGAAUCUUUUGGUCUAUGGCUAUACUCUUCUCAACGAGACCAUCAAUCUGUGUGCCUUGGACGUAUCCAGUCUCUGUCCGAUCGCUUCCGGCAAUCUUGAUAUCCCGUCAGCUUCCCUGGAUGUCUCCUCAAUCUUAUCGGACGUGCCCGCCAUUGGAUAUACUGUCCCAGAUCUAGACGCCAAAAUCAUCGUUUAUGUGAAGAAUGAAACAAACGGAGCAACGGUUGCUUGUCUAUCCGCCGAUCUUUCUAAUGGCCAUACUGUCGAUCAACUCGGCGUCUCAUGGGCCCUCGCCGUAGUCGCCGGCCUAGGUCUCUGUGGUGCCGCCAUCUCCUUCGUCAGAGGUCACCUCCAUACCGCUACACACGUGUCUUUCUUUGCCUUCUCUCUUUUAACCUUCAUGCAAUCCCAAGCAACCAUCGGUCUCAGCUCUACCGAACUACCCCCCAUCACCCAAUCAUGGACCCAAAUGUUUCAGUGGAGUAUAGGAAUCCUCAAACUGGGAUUCCUGCAAACCCUCUGCACCUGGUACUUGCGCUCAACCGGAGGAACACCAGCCACCAUCGAACAGGAGUCCAAAAGUGUCUCCGUCAUCGUGGAGAAGCGUAGCUUGAUCCAAGAAACCGCCAACCUCGCACACAACCUGUUCAAACGGACAACGGACACAACAGCCGAUCUAACGAGCACAUCAACAUCCACCGGUCAGGAAAUCACAGUGAGGGGAAUCAACCGCAUGGCCUACCGCGCCGGGAUCGAAUCAACAAAUAUCUUCAUGACCAGCUACGCCCUGUUCAUGUUCUUCGGCGCCCUAACAAUCAUUGCCAUCUUCGCCUUCAAAUACUCCUGCCAAUUCCUCGCCAAAUCAAACAAGCUCUCCGACCGACUCCGCUUCGCCGCCGCCGGCCUAAACUCCACCAGCCGCGAGAUCUUCCUCCGCUUCUUAAUCAUCGCCACCCCCUCCGCAGCCGCCUUCUGCAUCUGGGAGUUCACCCGGCUUGACUCGGCAGGCGAAGUCGUCCUAGCCGUGACCUGGUGGGUCGGCGUCACACUCUCUCUAGCCUGGACCGCAGCAGCAGCCACCUUCCAGGUGCACCGAUCCCGCGGCCCAGGCAAAAACACCACCAACUUUCUCUACUCGGGCCUGAACAACUUCAGCCGGAAAAUGAAUUUCUUCCAUCGUCAUUACACGCCAACCGCUUUUUACUUUUUCGCCAUCAUUCAUCUCUACACGCAGGCCAAGGGCAUCGUCAUCGCGGCCAGCCAGUCUGCGCCCAAGGCGCAGGGCAUCGUUCUUGUGAUUAUCGACGCUAUCAUGGUCGGGCUGGUUAUCUGGAUCCGGCCGUACGUGGAUAAAAGCAUGAAUCGAUUCGGCAUCACGACGGCCAUCAUCGGCUUCCUCAAUUCCAUCUGCGUGCUCAUUUUCUCCGAUAUCUUCAAGGGGCCCAAUAUGCUGAUUAGCGUUGUCGGCGUCUUGUUCGUCGUCUACAAUGCCGUUUAUAUGCUUAUCCUUGUUAUUUUCCUCAUUAUCACUUUUGUUUACGCAUUUGCCAAGCGGGACCCGGACAGUCGGUACAAACACGCGGUUGAUACCAGUAGUACCUUUGACUCGUCUGCCGACUUGCCUACUACUGUGCCUGCCGAGAUAGAAGAGUUGGGUGUUACCGCUCGAGGUGAACCGAAACAACUCCCUGCACAUUCAUCAUCGAGCCUUCUGCUCCAUUCUCACCACGACGAGACCCCAAGGUCGCGCGAUACAUAA